AAGCUGUUUAGCUCAGCAAGCCAAACCUUGUGCUGGUAGCCAUGGGGGCCGGCUUGUUGAAACGCGAGGCUAGCGCCCGGCAGCAACCAAUGCGUUGCAGAUCGCAGGCUCAGGUGCCUCGGUGCUUCCAAGACGUCAGAUGUCCAUACCCGCAGGCGGAAACAGUCCAUGGCACCUUUGGAGCGAUCAAUUACUCAUUGACUGGCCCGGAACUGGGCGAGGUUGUGGUGUGCUUUCACGGCUUGAAUGGCUCCCGAUUGUUGUUCCAGGACACAGCCACGUAUUUGAGUCGGCACGGUGGCUUUCGAGUUCUGACCUUUGACUUGUACGGGCACGGCCUGAGCAAUGCUCCGCCUGUAGACCUGUGCCCCAGCAGUGCGUGUUCCAGUGGUUGUGCCGCCGGAUGCUGUUCCAGCAGCGGGGCCAGGGCGAGGUACGAUUUGAGAUUCUUUGUCGAGCAGACCUCCGAGUUGUUGGAGCUCAUUGGGCUGGGUGACGCGCGGGUGAACCUCGUGGGCUUCAGCCUUGGAGGCGCCGUGGCAAUGGCUUUCGCACAGCGGUACCCGAAGAGGGUCAAACGCAUUGCGGCGAUUUCACCGGCUGGCUUCGUUCCGCAUGUCCCGACUUUGUACUAUGGUUUGAGGGCGUGCUGGUGCUGUUUGAUCCCACUAGCGCCGCAUGUCCUCUGCACGUGCUGGUACAAGAAGGAUCGCUUUGCCAGGUCCUUUCAAGGACAGGGCGAGAACAGCAUGGACGAACAAACGAUCACGAACCUGUGGUCGCGAUUUGUCUGGCAGCUCUUCGUGAAGCGAGGGGUUGCCAGGGCCACCUUGGCCACCUGCAACAGGAUCAACUGGUUCAACCUGAGCGACCUGUACCAAGAAGUUGGCAGGAGUCCUCGACCUGUUCUCUUGCUUUGGGGCGAGCGUGACAAGCUGAAUCCACCCAAUGAUGUGGGGCAGAAGGUCGCGGGGUUCUUCUCCAAUGCCAAGCUGGUGGUCGUCCCACGCGCCGGGCACAUCGCGCUCUGCGACAAGCCCGCAGAGGUGGUCCCGCGCAUCCUGGGCUUUCUGCAGCUUCCGGAGAACGCCAGCAUGUCCGCCGUCAAGGAGUUGAGGGCGGUGCGCGCAUCGCAAGCGCAUGAGGAGGUGAACGAAUCCACCCAGCUCCUCAAAAGAGAUGGCAACGCCGAGAUGCCGGUCCCAAUGGUUCUGGGCAACGCGGAGGACGACGUGUCUGCAGAACGAGGAGCAGGGAUUUCUUUGAGCCUCUGAUUUCACUGCGGCCCGCCCGCAGAUCACGGAGCAGGUGCUCGACAAGUGGGCAACUGGGAUCCCUCGAUGGGUGUGUCUUUUGCGA